UUUAGAAGACCUUGACUCCGGAAAUAAACGUCUUUAAAUUUCGGUGCUCUGGGAAUUAACAUGCAACAAACAAGAACUUGUCAUAUAUGAUGAACUUAAACAUGAGCUUAACUUUUACAGCUUCCAUAAUGGUGAUGCUAUGGAGUACUACCGUCCUUUCUUCCUAUGUUGCAUCUCAAGUUGCCGCAACUACCUCAGCAACAACAAUGUCGCUGGAACGGGAAGCGAAGGCUCUACUCGAAAGUGGUUGGUGGAAUAACUACAGCAACGACACUUUGCAGCGUUGCAACUGGACAGGCAUCUCAUGCAAUGAUGCUGGUAGCGUGACCAAAAUUUACCCACCUUCUGGCGUUAUUAAGGUUGGUGAUAAAUUUAAGAAUAUGGACUUCUCUUGCUUUCUGAACCUUGUUUUUCUCAGUCUCGGUGGUCAUGAACUCAAUGGGACGAUGGAGGAUUUUAUGUUCAAUAUAGGCAAUCUGUCAACAUUAAGGCACCUCGACUUGUCCAACAAUUCUUUAUAUGGUCGGUUAUCUACUCGGCUUGGUAAUCUCACUCAAUUAGAGUUUCUUGAUUUGUCAUAUAACCAAUAUAUUACGGGUUCUAUUCCUUUGGAAUUUAGGAAUUUGAAAAAUCUUGCUAUUUUAAAUUUGACUAGGAACCGACUUGAGAGACCGUUUCCUUCGUCUUUUUAUCUUCUGACCAAUCUUACCCAUCUGCAUAUGAGCUCAAAUCAACUCUAUGGUUCCAUCUCCCCAAAAUUGGGGGAUUUAAAGAGUCUAAUGACUCUGGAUUUGUCUAAUAACUUACUUGAUGGUUUCAUUCCCUUCACUCUUUUUCAAUUAUCCAAUUUGGUCUUCAUCGAUCUAUCAUACAACAAACUUGUUGGUCAAUUAACCAAUUUGAAUCAUUUAACGAAAUUGGAAAAAUUGCUUCUUGGCUUCAACAGAAUCAAUGGAUCUAUCCCUUCAACAAUUGGACAUUUGAAGACUUUGCUUGCUUUAUCCAUUCAUUCAAAUUUUUUAGAAGGUUCUGUACCCGAGGAAAUUGGAAAUUUGACAGCACUAGUUUCAUUGGACCUCUCUCAAAACCAGUUGAGUGGACCUAUUCCACCUCAAAUUGGUAAUUGUUUCAAUUUAGAAGAGUUGAACUUAAGCAACAACAAUUUACAAGGUCACAUUCCCAAUCAAAUCAGAAAACUUUCGUUGCUAGACCGAGUAGAUCUCAGAAACAAUGAUUUCUCAAGUGUUGUUCCAUAUAAUCUUCAUGGGGCAAAAUAUGAUUACGACGUAAAUCCCAGCUUUUAUAACAAAGAUGAUGAGGUAUAUGGUGGCAACAAAAAUUUAAAGUCCUACUCCUGUUCUCCAUUGAAGAAGAAUUGCAAUCUCCCAAUAUUUCUACCUAUUACGAUAUUCGUUGCUUUUUUUCUUUUCGGGUGUUUAUUACAAUUAUUAUUGUGGAGGUAUAAGGUCAAGGUCAACCCAACUAGUGUAUUGCAAUCCACUAAGAAUGGAGACCUGUUCUCGAUAUGGAACUACGAUGGAAAGAUAGCUUAUGAAGACAUCAUAGCAGCAACAAAUGAUUUUGACAUACGAUACUGCAUUGGAACUGGUCGUUACGGAAGUGUAUACAGAGCACAGCUACCAAGUGGCAGAGUAGUUGCCUUGAAGAAGCUUCAUCGUCUUGAAGCUGAGGAACCGGCUUUGGAUAGGAGUUUUAGAAAUGAGAUCAAAUUCUUAACAGAAGUUCGACAUCGAAACAUUGUGAAACUGCAUGGGUAUUGUCUUCACAAACGAUGCAUGUUUUUGAUUUAUGAAUACAUGGAAAGGGGAAGCUUGUUUUUCAUGCUAAGUGAUGAUGUUCAGGCCGUGGAAUUGGAUUGGGCAAAAAGAGUGAACAUUAUCAAGAGCACGGCUCACGCUUUAUCUUACUUGCAUUUUGAGUGCACACGAAUAAUAGUUCAUCGAGACAUUUCAAGUAACAACAUUCUGUUAAACUUGGACUUGGAGGCUUUUGUCACUGACUUUGGGACUGCCAGAAUCAUAGAUCCUGAUUCUUCAAAUCAAACAAGGCUUGUUGGCACUUAUGGCUAUGUAGCUCCAGAACUUGCCUACACAAUGAUUGUAACUGAAAAAUGUGAUGUUUAUAGUUUUGGAGUAUUGGCAUUGGAAACAUUGGUCGGAAAGCAUCCUGUGGAAAUUUUAUCCUUGUUGUCAGAACCAUCUUCUUUGCAAAAUAUAAUGUUAAUUGAUGUGCUAGAUCCACGUCUCUCACCUCCAACAAGCCAGCUAGUCGCACAGAAUAUUGUUCAUGUAGCUACAAUAGCAUUCGCAUGUCUACAAGCUGAUCCAAAAUUACGGCCAACAAUGAAACUUGUCUCACAAAUGUUCCUUUCUUGUCAAAGAUCAUUAAGGAACCCCCUCCGAACAAUCUCUUUGCUGCAACUUGUGACAAGUGGAAUGCAUAUGGAAGGAUCAUGUCAAGCUCCACAAUGAUAGUGCCAUUAUUAGGACAAGUGUCUUGUUGUUUUUGUGAACUGAUUGAUAGGAUGCGUUUCUGGUUUCAACCUUUUUCUUUUUAUUCUGGGUCCUUACUUUUUGUUAUUGCCUCUUUCAUAUUCUACAUGUUAUUAGUUCUCCAAUUUGGUGAAAAUGAGUUCUGUUUUCCAUGUGAAAGGGUAGUCUAUCAUGAUAAGUUACAUUUCAUUA